UGACUGGCUAAAGGAAAGCUUCCAAGGAAUUCUGAUGAUAGUUCUUUUACGUUCUUUACACAUGCUUUAUCUAAAUGUAGCGAGCAUUUGCAGAGUGCCUAGGAACACAUAUAUGUCAGUGUUAGGCACAGCAGCGUGACACAAAGUCGGAGGUAAACACUAUCUUCCCUGGAUCGCCAGUAACCAUCUCAUUCUCCGAUAUACCUCGAGGUGCCUACCCAAAUCCUGUCCUGCUGCCUGCUUAUUCUUGCCAGGAUUCGCGGAUGUGCUCGGAGAGGCUGGCCCACGUCCCUAAAUUGUCGCAGCCUGAUCCAAUAUUGGGCUUCCAACCCUAAGCCCGAGGUCCAUUGAGCGGAGCCUGAGGCCGGACGCCCUCUGGCGGUAGCGCUCGGGAGACGGAGCCCCGCCCCAGAGGGACCCCCAAGUCCGACAGGGACAUCCAGCCACGCCCCAGCGGGCUCCCAGCAUCUCGCGCCUGGAGCCCUGAGCUCCAGAAGAUCCUCGGUGCCCAGCUGGGGGCUCCCCGCCCUGCUGAGGGGGCGCUGCCCAGGAGGGUCCCCCGCGUCCCGCGGGCCCGGGCAGGAUGCACGCCGCCCUGGCGGGGCCGCUGCUUGCCGCCCUCCUCGCCGCCGCCCGCGCCCGCCCGCAACCCCCGGACGGAGGACAGUGCCGGCCGCCCGGAUCGCAGCGGGACCUGAACUCCUUCCUGUGGACUAUUCGGCGCCAUCCCCCAGCCUACUUGUUUGGCACCAUCCACGUUCCCUACACCCGAGUCUGGGACUUCAUCCCUGAUAAUUCCAAAGCGGCCUUCCAGGCCAGCACUCGGGUCUACUUCGAGCUGGAUCUGACAGAUCCCUACACCAUCUCCGCACUGGCCAGCUGCCAGCUGCUGCCCCACGGGGAGAACCUGCAGGACGUGCUGCCAAGGGAGCUCUACUGGCGCCUGAAGCGCCACCUGGACUACGUGAAGCUGAUGAUGCCCUCCUGGAUGACACCGGCGCAGCGAGGCAAGGGCUUGUACGCUGACUACCUGUUUAACGCCAUCGCUGGCAACUGGGAGCGUAAGAGGCCAGUGUGGGUGAUGCUCAUGGUGAACUCGCUCACGGAGACGGACGUGCGCUCCCGAGGUGUGCCUGUGCUGGACCUCUACCUGGCCCAGCAGGCCGAGAAGAUGAAGAAGAGCACCGGGGCUGUGGAGCGGGUAGAGGAGCAGUGCCAUCCCCUCAAUGGGCUCAACUUUUCCCAGGUACUGUUUGCCCUGAACCAGACGCUGCUGCAGCAUGAAAGUGUGCGGGCUGGGAGCCUGCAGGCACCCUACACCACAGAGGACCUCAUCAAACACUACAACUGCGGGGACCUCAAUGCAGUGAUCUUCAACCAUGACACAUCCCAGCUACCAAACUUCAUCAACACCACCCUCCCACCUCAUGAGCAGGUGACAGCCCAGGAGAUCGACAGCUACUUUCGCCAAGAGCUCAUCUACAAGAGGAAUGAGCGCAUGGGGAGAAGGGUCAUGGCACUGUUGCGGGAGAACCAGGACAAGAUCUGCUUCUUCGCCUUUGGAGCAGGUCAUUUUCUGGGGAACAACACUGUCAUCGAUGUCCUAAGACAGGCUGGGCUGGAGGUGGACCACACACCCGCCGGGCAAGCAAUCCAAAGUCCUGCUGCUGGGAGCCCAGCUCCUUCUCCCGAGGGCACCUCUCCUGCCAGCCCAGCCCCAGCAACCCCAGCUGCUGCAGUCCCAGAAGCAACCUCAGCGACCCCCACCGCCCCUCCUGAGGAGGAGGAUCCAGUCCUGUCCCCACAUCUCCUGCUCCCUGACAGCCUUAGCCAGCUGGAGGAGUUCGGGAGGCAGAAGUGGCGCAAGAGGCUGAACAAACACCAGCGGCCAAGGCAGUUCAACGACCUCUGGGUCCGAAUCGAGGAGAGCACCACUAUCUCGCCACCUCCGCUGCCCCUCCAGCCCACCCCCAGCUCCGGGACCACCAAGCCCUUUGCCAAGUCCUCACACCAGCUGCAACAGCAGGACCCUGUGGGGCCUACCAGAAGCUCAGCACCUACACCACGCCUCCCUCCUGUCAUCGCUGCCACCAUCGUUGCCCCCUUCCUACUAUAUACCCUCGGGCCUUCCUGACCUCGACCACCCUUGCAGAGAAGCCAGAGAAAUCGCAGGAGUCUGUGGCCACGCCCGCCGCCUGACACCACCUCAGAGGGUGCUGACACCUCAAGGCAGUUCACACAGAAGAGGGACCUUACAACACGAGAGCUUUAUUGUACUCAAGUUACAUCUUCUUUUUUGUAGAAGGUCUUAAUUUCCCAUAGUGCUAUGGGGCUCUUUUGUAAAAUAUGUGUCCAUAUUAAAAGAGAAAGUGUAUUUAUUCUACCGAUAAAACUAUUUUUAUGUAGCCUAUGUUAUAGUCCCUGAAUUAGCCCCAAAACCAAUCCAGGGAAGGAGCCCAGGUUCCCAUGACCUCUGUGACCUGUGUGGACUGUGGCUUUGAAUUGGCCUCGAGCCUCCUAGUCAGGCUUGGCUUCUUCCACUAUCGGUAUCUCUGAGGGCAGGCAAAAAGGCAGCCCCAGAUUUUGUGAAGCUGGAUUUCAGAGCCAGAGGCAUGGUGGCCAGCCACCGUCCCCAACCCUGGAUGUGUCCAGGCCCUGGAGGGGCAAUUCAAGAAGAAGAAAAAAAAAAAGAAUGCUGCUAUAUUGAAGUCCUGAGUGUCUGUGGACUGGCCCUCCAGAGCUCCUGGUGAGUUUGUGGUGUGUGUGUGUGUGUGUGUGUGUGUGUGUGUGUUUCAUUAAAGUGGAAUAUUGGUACUGAGGGAGAUGAAUCCAGUUUUAUGGUCAGAUGAUUAUACUGAGACCUAAAAAGUGAAUGGGGGUACCCAAGGUCACAAAGCAAGUGGGUGCCCUGUGUUCUAGUUUGGAAGCACUGGUCCAGCUUCCAUUCAAGAGGGGCUGGUAAAACCACAGCUGAGUGAUAUGAGCUAGACAGGAGAACAGGAGUGAGCACAGAACAGUUUUACUGGUGAUGGAGCACAAGGAGCCACCAAUUAUGGUGUUAAAGAAAAAUGGCAAAGAGGGCUGCAGAAGCGUGCAGCAGGGUACCCUCUCUGGGCACUCUCUUCUUUAUAGAUCCUUACAAUAGUGUUAUGAGAUGUGAUGAUUCCCCCAUUUCAAGGAUAAGUCUGAACCCCCAAAAGAGUGAAAAAGAUGCACCUGAGGUUUACCUCCACUACCCCAUCAGUAUGCUACAAAAACUAUCCCUGCCUCACGGACUGUGUUCUAGUGUUCUUUCUGCCUUGGGAAGCACCAGGGGAGGCAGAUUUCCCAAACUGGAACCCUCCCGGACUUCCCACUGCAGACAAGGAGGCCAUUUCACCAGCUCCCCCUGCCGGUUCCUACAGCCAGGGGGCCCUGGCAGGAUGAUCAGCCAGUGCGGGCACACAGAGAGGCUUAGCCUUUUGUCCCCAGGGGCUGACUGGGGACACAUUAGUCCACCAUGGGCUGAAUCUCAGCCCUAAGCUCAACGCUGGGCUUGUGGCUCAUUAAUUUAAGGAGUCCUAGAUCCCGAGAGCAAGAAAAGAGUCCUCACCUGCCCACAAGAGUCAAGAGUGAUGCUAAGGCCUGGAAAGGUGGUACAGCUGGAGCAGGCAUGCUGACUCCAGUCCUCUUCUCUCACCUCACUGCACAUGGGUUUCCCUGGCAGGCUUGAUGGCGCCUGGUUGGCUGCGGCACCACCAUGCUCAGGUUGGCAGACAUCUCCCUCCUGAGAUGGCAGGAUUCUGGGCAACUCAUUGGAUAGUCAGGGGUCCCACAGGCAUCCUGGCAGGCAGCAGAAUUCUUUCCAGCCCUGCCCCAGUGGACAGGUUUAAGCCUGAGACCUGGCAAGAUUCUGGAACUGUGUUUCACAGGGUCCUGCCAGCCCCAUGGGCACCAUACUAUAAACUGAACUUGACCUCGACCAGGACUGGAGUCGGUUUAUCCUUGGGGAGAAAAAAAGCUACUUCCUAUUGCAGAACGGGUAGGGGCUUAACUGACUUUUAAAGCAGGCUCAGAAGUUAGACAUCAAACGGAUCGUGCAGAGCGCUAUUGGGAUGAGAUAAGUGUAAAGGAAUUGGAAACACACAGGCCAGAUUCCCCUGUUUGGGGCAGGGUAUGGCAUGAGAUGUAUGGAGAUCAAGCUUGAGGUUAAUUAAAGAUGAAGCAUUUGGGGAAACAGUCCAGGCACCUGACCGUGUGCCCAGACCUGUGCCAGGCGUAGGGCCAAGAUGGUGAAUUAAUGCAGCAUGUAAUUGCUGUGAAAGCCCAGUGCCAGGGUUACACACACGGGAUGAAUUGUACCCACCCUUCUGGGCCCAGAAGACAAGUGAGGCCAUCCCGAGUUACCGCUGUCCCGGCCCCAACAUCAGGCUGCUUGUCUUUCAAGACCCCUCUUCAGGGGAGAUUGGAAGGGAAGAAAGUGUUUUAAACUCUCUCCCUCAGCCACACGUUAAAGUCUUUAAAGACAGUGUGCCAUGCUUUGUAGCAGAUGUCGGUAAUAACUGUACUUGGGAGCCUGAGGCAAAAAUCAUCGUAAGUGUGUGACCCAGACUGGAGUAUAUAGUGCGUUCUACAACAGCUUGAGCUAGCCAGACCCUAUAUGGAAAAAAAAAAAAAGAGGAAGAAGUAAGAGAGGGAAGGACGGAGGGAGGAGGGAAGGGAGGACAGAUCAACAAAUUUCCAGGUUGGUGUGGGCUUAGAAAAGACAGCCAUUGUUGGUCAGACAUCUAAAGUCAAAGUUUCCUGGCCUCUGGAGAUCUCUGUCAAGCCAGGGUCUGACCUAGUAGCAAACUCAACUUGCUGGCCUACAUCCUAGGAGACCUUGGGCACAAAAAUAGAAUGUAUGGCUUAAGUUAAACUUAAACUUCUCGUCCUGCAUCAGCUGUUUCUCAGAUUCACGUUCUGUCUAGCUAGACUCAUAAAAUGCAGAGCGCUGUUCCCUUGAGAGUCCCAUGAGUACUUUUAGGGCCUUCAUUUUGACUUUGAGGCAGACAGAAAGAUGGAAGGCCUGAAGCCCACCAGAUCAAGUGACCUGCAUGUGGUGAGGGUAGAAAGAAUCAUUAGGUGCAAUUGCCAAUCCCCAGGGUCAAAGCUACAGAGUCUGCAAUGGGUGGACAGAGGUGACUCAAAACACUCAUCUUGCGCUAAAAAAACUGAAGCACAGGCCCCUCGCAUGGAGUGUUGUCACCUGCUACUUCCUGGCCUCAUCUAGACUUGAGCAAGCCUAGGAGCUUUCCCACCACUCAGCCCAGGGCCAGUGUCACAAUGUGUCCCAAAGAAGAAAACUGCUGCCUCCAUGACCCUGCUCUCAUCUUUCUGGUCAUGUCUGUCCCUCCCACCCCGGGCCUGACAGACUGAAUCAUAUUUGUUAUUUCUGGAAUAGACACUUGCUGCUCCCCAGGGGACGCUUUCUUGCCUUCCCCCAGCCAUUUAUCCUGUGAGGAUAACCCAGGUGGCACUUGCUCCAGGAUGACCCCAUGGAACCCUUUGUGCAUUCCCAGUACCCAUCACCACGCCGACAUUCCAGAGUUAGGACUGUUUAGCUAUGACUUUGCUCCCUGUUGGGAAUAACGAGCAACUUGGAUGGGGUGUGUCAAUUGCCAGGUUUUUGUUGUUGUUUUAUGUCCUUCAGCAUGAAGGUGAUGUUCUGUAGCUGCACUGAAGGGACACCGGAGGAAAGGGACAGAGCAGAGAGGAAGAAGAAGGUGGAGCUAGGAAGGACUAAAGACAGCUUUGGCUCUCUCUUUGGAACAACUCCCACCUCCCUGGCUGGUAAAGGACAGCACCUGAGCACAGGGCUCUCCUCAGCUGGAGGUAGAGGCAUAGUACGCAGAGUGCCAACGCCCACUGGCUAAAGAUGUGGUAGCCAGCUGGAAGUCUUGGCAAAGGACUGGUGUAAAUGACAUGGAGGUGCCCCAUGGCGCUGUUCUUUAAACAUUGAUAUUUUUCCAAAAAUUCAUCUAGGCAGCCAAAAAUAUCACCCUGGCUGGCCGUCUAAGCCAGUAGAUUCAGUACUCAGUCAAGCCUCCCUACGCCCCUCCCCCAUUCUUCCACAGCCCAGCCAGGCUUGCCAUUAACUGGCCAAAAAGAAAAAAAAAAAAGAAAACGAAAAUAAGAAAGAAAGAAAGAAAGAAAGAAAGAAAGAAAGAAAGAAAGAAAGAAAGAAAGAAAGAAAGAAAGAAACCUCCUGCUGCCUUUGGGCAGGGGACCUCCAUCCCAGAGGCACUUCUUUGUGCCUAACCCUGGAGAAAGGAAGUUGGGGCUUAUAAGGGCCCUUGGGACCUUCCUGGCCCUUUCCAGGGAAUGUCAGCUCCUUACCUCCUUUCUCCAAAGGCAGAUGGGGCUCUUCCCCUCUUGAGGUGGCCUGAAUCUUACCUUUGCUUGCUGACCUUGGACUAGCCCCUGUCCCUCUUUGAGCCUCUAUUUCCUCAUGGACCACAGGGGGAAUUUCCUGGGUCCAGGAGGGAAAUUUUGUGUAUAAUCUUGGGUCUCUUUGAAGGUGAGGUUCCACCCUUCUCAAGCCCAGGUUUCCAGGUAGCCCUCCCAUCCCCCCACAGGCCGCCAUGAUGGGAGCACACGACAGACAAAAAUGUAUGACUUAAAGGCUCCCUAAAAAGUAUGACUUAAAGGCUCCCUUCGUUCUAAGACCUGCCUUUGGGGAUAUGGUUUUGAAUGAGAUCCAAGUCUAAGGUUCCUGGUGUAAGAGACCAAAGACACUUAGACUGGAGUCUCUGGUUGUCAAGCUGGAUGAGUGUGGCCCUUGGCUAAAGAAGGGGGAGGCCAGCCUUAGCAUUUGCGAAGUUCUAAGUCUCAGAUUUGUUGGAUAUUUUACUGUGCCUCACUGUACCAAGCUGGCUUCGGCUCUCACCAUAUUUGUGAUGUUCUUUGUCACCUCUUCCCUCACCCCAGCCCCCUUGAAUUGUCAUGAAGAGUUCUUUAAGAGUAUAAUAGAAGACAAAGAAAGAUACUAUUAAUGUUAUUUUGCCAAAAAUAUUUUUGUAGCAUAAUAUAUUAAUAAAAGAUAUUAUGAACUUGA